UACUAAAUGUACAUGUAGGAGAGAACAAUAAUAGUCAACACCUCAUUCAUCGACUACGACUGCGACGACGACCCUACAUCAUAGUAUACACACCAAACAACGCCAAAUAAUUUUUUGUUGCCGUUUUGGAUCUCUAACACAAAAAAUUAGACAUCCUCAACCUCCCUACCUAGCAUACAAAGACUCAAAUCCAACCCAAAGCGGAAAGAACUUACUUCAGCGCACGAUUUGCUGGCGUUCAUUUUCCAACAUAUUACAACAAAUCUAACGCUAGCUUAUACCCCUACCUAGCUAGCAUCUAACAUACAUACACACACGUACUAACUCCCAAACGUAACUACAUAAAUGGACUUUAUGAUGGCUAAUCCCGGAGCUGCUGCAGUUGAUAAUCAAUCAGCAAUAUUGCCUGGCACAAAUCCAGCUGUCGCUGCUGCGGCCGCUUUAUCAGCCGCCGCCGUAUCACCAGCCGCCGCUGCGCAAUUGCAACAACAACAGCAGCAGGUCCAGCAGGCCAUUUUGCAAGUGCAACAACAGCAAACACAACAAGCUGUGGCCGCUGCAGCAGCCGCUGUUGCUCAACAAUUGCAAAAUCAAACUAAUGGCAACACAACAAAUGGCACCGGCACCAAUGGCAGCAGCGAAACUCGCACCAAUCUGAUUGUAAACUAUUUGCCCCAAACCAUGAGUGAGGAUGAGAUCCGUUCGCUGUUCUCCAGUGUGGGCGAAAUAGAAUCGGUUAAACUGAUCAGAGACAAGGGACAACCCUUUCUGGAUCCCUUGAAUCCCCAGGCUACAAAGGGUCAAAGUUUGGGCUAUGGUUUUGUCAACUAUGUACGGCCUCAAGAUGCUGAGCAGGCUGUGAAUGUUUUAAAUGGUUUGCGUUUGCAGAACAAGACAAUUAAAGUUUCAUUCGCUCGUCCCUCAUCCGAAGCCAUUAAGGGUGCCAAUCUGUAUGUAUCGGGCCUGCCCAAGACCAUGACUCAACAAGAUUUGGAGGCAAUUUUCGCACCUUUCGGACAGAUCAUCACCUCACGUAUUUUGCAGAAUGCCGGCAAUGAUAGCCAGACCAAAGGUGUGGGCUUCAUACGCUUUGACAAACGUGAAGAGGCCACCAGAGCUAUAAUCGCCUUGAAUGGCACCACCCCCGCCAAUUGCACAGAUCCCAUUGUGGUCAAGUUCUCAAAUACACCCGGAAGCACAAGCAAAAUCAUACAACCACAAUUGCCCACUUUCUUGAAUCCCCAGUUGGUCAGACGUAUUGGUGGGGCCAUGCACACUCCCGUGAAUAAGGGUUUGGCCCGAUUCUCGCCCAUGGCUGGUGAUAUGCUCGAUGUGAUGUUACCCAACGGUUUGGGAGCUGCAGCGGCAGCUGCCACCUCAUUGGCCAGUGGACCCGGCGGUGCUUAUCCUAUUUUCAUCUACAAUUUGGCUCCUGAAACCGAAGAGUCAUCCUUGUGGCAGCUAUUCGGCCCCUUCGGUGCAGUGCAAUCGGUUAAAAUCGUCAAAGACUCGUCAACAAAUCAAUGCAAAGGUUAUGGUUUCGUGUCCAUGACCAACUACGAUGAAGCAGCUAUGGCCAUACGGGCUCUCAACGGCUACACCUUGGGUAAUCGUGUACUACAAGUCAGUUUUAAAACCAACAAAAAGUAAAUGUCACUUUUGUAUUAACAACAACAACAGCAACAACAACAUACACCCACAUAUAAUUCUUAAAAAAUAACAACAACAAAAACAGUAAAGAUGAAAACCCCCCAUAAAAAUUAGUAGAUACUAAGAAAAGUUAGGACAGAAACAUAAAAAACACAUGAAUACACACAAACACACACACACACAAUAGUUGUGGAAAAAAGGAAAAUGUGAGAAUUUGUUGUGCAAAGGGCGCAUGAGGUGUAACCUAGAAAACAAACAAAAAAAAAUAUUUCUACUCUCUUUUUGCUCUCUCUCUUUUAAAUUUAAGAGGAUAAAAGAAACAAACGAAACACACACACACAUACACACAUUUGCAUUGUACAACAAUAAGCCCCGUUUAGCCCCACUCACUUUCUCACAUACAUUCACGUACACACAAACACACAUUCAAACGCAGCCAUACUGGAAAUAAGUAAUGCAUGUCAUUUUGAAGUGUUGCAUUUGUCCUUUUAAAGGAACAAGACAAGAACUUCGGUUCCACGGUUUGUUGCCACACGGGCACAGCUGCCAGCGCCAAACCCAGUGGUGGAAAAACCAAGUAGUUCCCUCACUUCUUACGGUUUGCCGGACAGCGCUUGCCCCCAGAAACCGCCCGGCCUAAUGUUGGCUGGAAUUUGAUUAGAAUUUGUUUCUUGUUUAAAGAAAUCAACAAAAGAAAUGUGGGUUGCAAUAUGUAAAAACAAUAAAUCCCCCAAUUCCCGCCCCCAGGAAAAAAACAACAAUUUUAACAUAGGAUAAAUUAAAACAAACUAAAAGUGAAAGUAAAUCUUCCAAAAAACGCAUAAAUUUAAUUAAAUGAAAAACCAAUUUCAACACUCGCCAGUGAAAUGGGAAAAUUUAAAACAUUUUUUUAAGAAAACAAAAUAAUAUAUGUAUAGAGAUUUUUUCUAUAUACGUAGGAAAACAAACCCAGAAACCCAUAGCUAAGAAGAGGCUUUUACAGUAUUAAUGAAAAGAGAAGAAAUUCGAGUUCGAUGAUGAGAAAGCAUCAUAUACUGGUGACUGUUAGGAAAAAAACCAAAAAACAAAAACUAAAACUACUUAAUCUCCCUUUCUUAAGAAAACAAAAAAGCAUAAGAAUCUUAAUAAUAAUACUAGUUAAAAACGAAAAAACUCAAAGUUAUUUAUAAAAUUUUAUGUAGCAAAAAAUUUUGAAAAACCAAAAACCCCAACAAAUGACGAAACCUCACUCAUUCACUCUCGAACACACACAAACACACAAUGAGUUCGCCAACAUGUGGACUUUGAUUUCAAAGGCUGCUGGCUUUCAAGCCGUUAAGAGGGAAUAUUGAAUGUCUGUCUAUCUAUACUAUAUAUAAGGAUAUUAUUUGAGUUUCUUACUUCUUUUAUUUCUCUCCCAUUGCUGCCAUGCCUUAGUGGCUUUGGGUGGGCUAGCAUUUCAUAUUGAAGGUGUUAGGCUUAAUUUUUAUUUUAGCAUUCUCCAUCCCUCUGGGCAUUUAUGUAGGUUGUUUUUGGGUAUAAACAUAUAUAUAUAUAUAUAUAGACAUACAUAUAUUAGGCGAAAAAGUCAUCAUUUACAAAAUGAAACGUAAAAUGAAGCACAAAGUUUUUUUUUAUACAACUACAAGUUAAAAGAAAUAAAGGCAAUCUCUCAUGGAAAAAAGUCAUCAGUCAGACAAAAAAAUACAAUACUAAUUAAUUAAUGUUUUCUUUCAAAAUCAUUUGUUGUUCAUAGUAUAUAGACAUACAUAUAUUAAUUUUCUUACUGUCUUGAAAUUGUUUUCAACCAGCAAAUCUAUUAGUUUUUUCUUUGGAGAUUUCAUAUACAAUAGAUAUAUAUGUAUGCUUUGAGUUUUUGGUUAAGUAUUUUCUUUUUGUUGUACUAUUAUGUACCUCAGUCUACCUUCCCAAAAACCUGCCUGACCCGACCCGACCUGACCUGAUCUUAACUUAACCCCUUUUUUUUGAAAUAUAUUUUCAAUUUCAAUUUACGAUUUAUCGUUUCUUUCUUUUCUUUUUCUUGAAAAACUGCAGUAGAGGUGUGUUGUGGUACAUCAAAAAUCCUUGAAUUGCGUUUUUGGUUUGUUUUCUUUUGAUAAUCUUUGACUCUUUGUUGUUAUUGUUGUUUUUUAGCUUAAUUUCUUUUGUUGAUUCCUUUAAGUUGUGUAUACUUCUCAGCAAAAAGAAAAAAUGUUUAUUUACAAAACACCGAUAUACAUACAAACUAUACAUAAAAAAUAUUUAUUUAUUCAUAGUCUUUUUUUUUUUUGAAACAUACAUACGUAUAUAAUUUCUUUUCCUAUUACUUCCUUCAAAGGCAGCAUUAUUUAUUUGUUUGUACAAUUAAUUUUAAUUUUUUUUAUAUAUAGAUAUGCCGUAGGUUAGGUUUAGAAACUAAGAAAAUUCCAAUUGUAAAUUUUAAAUACAACAUCAUUCUCAGACGUUAGGCAAUUUAGUCCAUAGUGAUGCCAAAAUAACAAGAGAAGAAAGCAUUGAACGCCCUAAAGUCUUUAAAGAAAUGAUAAUCACGUAUUCAACACAUUAUUGUGUACCUGCACGAGACCAUAAGCCCGUGGGCUUGGAACAAGUGUGCACUUGUGUUGGUGCGCCCACCACUGAUCAAAACUCUUUAACUCUUUUUGAUUGCCAGAUUACCAGGGCACUCACUGGACAAGUGUUUUAUAGUUUUUUCGCCCAUACGGUGACCUGUGAGUAAGACUUCUAGUCUAGCCAACAACAGCAUGUUUCCAAUCGGAGAGAGAGAGAGAGACCUGUUAAUGAGAUUUCUAUGCCAUCCAAACAUCUUAACUUGGACCGUUUUUGCCCAUCUACAAUCCCAACGGAUCUACAUUAAUAAGUAAUAAAAUGAGUGCAGAAUUUCAAAUGGCUAGCUUUGCUCCUUCGAAAGUUGUCGUGCUUUCGACAGACGGACGGAUAUGGCUAAAUCGACUUAAAGUCUGUCAGUCUAGAAUAUAUAUACCUUAUGUGUCCAUAGGCCGGAGGCGACCACAGAGGUUAUCAUGUCCGCCGAGCGCCUGGGUUCAAAUACCGGCGCGAACAUUAGAAAAAAUUUUCAGCUAUGGUUAUCCCCUGGCUAAUGCUGGCUACAUUUGUAUGAGGUAUCCUUCCAUGUUGAAACUUCUUCACCAAGUGGAACAGAAGACCACUUGUGCUUUAACUGCUAACAUUGACAGGUACUUGGAAUUUUAAGAAGUCUAAAUUUUUGUUAAAUUUUGUUUUCUAAACUUUGCAGUUUUUUAUUAUGUUAUAUUUGCUAUUAUAUGGAAUUUUUUUUAGUCUAAAGCCGCCUGCUCAUCCCUCAUUAAAAAUUUUCUCCAAUAAACACAUCAGUUUUUUGUUUAAUUAAAAACAAUUACCUUCAUCCUCAAAUGCAUUAUUUAAACAUCAUUUGAAGAAAACAAGAGUAACAAAAAAACCCGAAAAUAGUUAUAAAAAACUUCUUAUAUUUAUGAAUUGAUUAUAUACAUGUAUGCAAUUUAGUAAUUUUAUUUUACACACACAUAUAUAUACCUACAUAAUUUUUUUCUUUAAAAAUUUAGUUUUUAAGAAGAACAAACAAAAAAAAAGAAUUAUUAUAUACACAUACACACACACAUAACCAUAGCCUAGGCAAGGUUGAAACAAAAGAAAAAUAUAGUUUUAGUAUUUAAAAAAAAAGAAUCUAAAAAAGAAUGAACCCCCUCCCAGAUGAAUGAUGAAAAGAAAUGAAACAAAGAAAAGGAAAGGAAAAAUAUUCCAUGAUGAGAAUAAGAAGAAGCAAGUUAAAAAUAAAUUAUUUUAAAAGAAAACGGAACAAGUAACAAACAAAGAUCUAGUCAGUGAAAAUAUAUAUUUUUUAAAUUAAGUUUAAAUACAAAACAAAACAAACAAGAAGCAUAUAUACAAAGCUCUGAGAGAGAAACAUCCUAAUAUCCUUAAUAACGAUGUUUCCCUGCCCCUAUAAAAAAAACUAGCUAAACUUUUUUUUUAAUAUUUUAAUUUCUUUUCAAACAUAUAUUUUUGGUUUUUAAAGUUGUAUCUCGUCUCUUUAAAGAAAAAAAAAAAAAAGAUAAUAUAUAAGGUUUUUCAGUUCUGUUUUUACUAAUUUAUGAAGAAACAAAAAAAAAACACUUAUUCCUUUUUGUUAUUUUGAAAAGAAAAGUAAGGAAAGCAACCUAUAUAAUCCAAAGAUUAAAAUAUUUAGUAAAAUUCUAUAUAAAGAGAAGAAAAAAAAUAAGAAAGAAAGAAACUACCCUAAAGAAACACAGAUUGUACACAGAUUUUUCAAGAAAAGAAGAGAAAACUUUUUAAUUAAAAUUUUUAAAAAUUUAAAACAAGAUUUUUAAGGCUAAGUGCAUGCUUAAAAGCAGUGUACACUUAGAGAAGGCAAAGUCAGCUGCCCAGUUGAAUAAAUUUAUAUACAACAUAUUGACUUUAAUUGAUUUAUUUUAAUAGAUUUCCCCAGAAAUCUAUGCUAUGCAUUAAGAGCUGUUAAUAAUGACAUAAAACAGUUCUCUCUGUCUACUGAGAGCUUUGACAUCCCUGUGUUUGUCUGCAUUACCAUUAGCUGCACUGUUUUAUCAUCGGCUUAUGUUUUUGCACUUGGACAGCUUCACUUUUUUAUCAUCGUCUUAUGUUUUUGCAUUUGGUCAGCUGCACUGUUUUAUCGUCGGUUUUUGGCAGCUUACUUUGCCUUCUUUAAAACUGCUUUGCAGUUUGAAAUAAUAGUGAGAAGAUAACACACAAUUUUUUGUGCAAUAGCUAAGAAGAAGCAGAU